GCCAAAGCAAAGCAAAGCAAGCAUCCGAGCAUGGAGGACAGGAGGAGGAGACAUGCACAGCGAUUCCGAUGCCUCGUUACUGCCGCAGCGCACCACAGAAAACAGUGAGCUUUUGCUUUCGAUCUCGGCGGUCUCGGCUCAUCUACUCAUCCACUGUCACUGUGGACUGUCCGUGCUCCCUCUGGUGGGCUAGCCACAGUAGUAGCGUCAUCAUCACCGCUGGUCCGCUGCGUGCUGCGAAGAAAGAAACAGGCCCUGCGCUUUCUUUAAUGUUCAGUGCAGCACAAAGCGCAGGCUACUGAGCUGCUGCUGCUGCUGCUGCCAUUGUUGUGCCCAGAGGAGAGCAAGAGUUAAAGAAAGCACGCAGAGCCAUUGCUCUCGCGCAGCCACAGGCAGUAGGGUCAGGUGAUUUGCUUGCUACAAGAAGAAGAGGGAGAGGUCGACGGGCCAGUUGGAGGUGGAGAUGGAGAAGCGGCGCCGCGGCGAUUUCGGUGUGCUGUGCCUCCUCCUCUGCGCCGGCGUCGUGGCGUGUCCCGCCGAUGCCAAGUGGCAUGCCAAUCCCGGGCGGCACGACGGCAAGGCCUCAUCGCCCGGCCUCCCGCCGCUCCCAGCGCCGCCUCCCACCGCGGGGGCCGACCUGCCGCCGACCCAACCAGCCCCGCACUUCGGCUUCCCGCUGCAGCCCACGCUCGGGUCCGCGGCGCCUCCCACCGCCGGCGCCGGAGGCGAGGGGUACCCGUUCAUCGGCAGCAACCCGACGGUGCCGCUGCCCACCGGCAUGACGGACACGGCCACCGUGCUCCCGCUGCCCGACACCGGGGACGCAACGGCUACCAACACCAAGGUGGUGGGGCUCGCAGCGACCGUUCAUGUUCAGCUCUCCAUGAUUGGCCUUGGGGUUGUCUCGGCCAUCGUCUUCCUUUCCACUACCUGCCAAUUGGUCUAGCUAGAUCUACUGCUGUCUGCUGUUGAAAUGACAUGGAUUCAACCUAGAGAAAUUUAGUUUUCGCCUUCCUGUAAAUUUGAUCGCAUUAUGUUUUACUAUGUCUUUGCUAAUGGUCAUAGUGUCCCUUCUAGAUUUUUCAUUCAAAUUCCAGUGAAAUAUUUCCAA